AUGAUUGAAAAAGAAGAUGAAGGUCUUUCCAUUUUGCGGAUAUUACUCGGUGCCACCAGUAAAGCUACUGCUAAUACUGAUAUAAUGCUAGAGGACAUAAUUCCAAGUCCAGUCGACUCUGUUGACGAUCUAAAUCAAUUGUCGUCUCGCCUUGACGAUGAUCAAGAAUUUACGAAGAAAAUGGUAAGUAUUCCUACAAAUAUUGUUUAUCCAAGGUGAAGAACGCUAUACAGAGUAGAUAUAUAUGUGGAUACACUUUAUCCUCCUUUGUUUUUCAUUACUGCAUGUCCUCCUCCCAACCUUUUAGCCAGGAUUCUUAAAGUGCAUAUGACAUGAAAUUUCUUAUUUUCUUAAAUGAAAGGAACUCUUUAAGCUGUAGUGUAACUUAUUUUUCAGUUUCUUGUUCUUAUGGUGUGUUCCCGAGAUAUUUCAAUUUGUUUCAUGAUAUGUAAAUGAGUGUGAAUAUGUCCACUAAUUUAUGAAGUCAUCUUGGUUGCAAGCACGUCAAAAUUGUUGAAUAUCACUGCUAUCAUCCAAGAUGAUAGUUUCAAACUUCACUCACUGGUAAAUAUGAUGAAACACUGUAGAAAAACGUGAACAGAUAUCUACAGUUUUUAGAGUUAAUAGAUUUAUAACCAGUGUAAGUUGAGCUUGCAACCAAUGUGAUGUCAUAAAUUAGCAGACAUAUUCACACUCAUUUACAUAUCAAAUAAAUUGAAAUAUCUCGGGAACAAACCAUAAAAACAAGAAAGAAACUGAAAAAUAAGUUACACUACAGCUUAAAGAGUUGUUUCAUUUAAGAAAAUAAGAAAUUUCAUGUCAUAUGCGUGCACUUUAAAAAGGGCAUCCAAUUUAUAAAACGUGAGACAAAAGUGAACUGUGCCACCAUACUUUUUCACUUACAACCACUGUGAAAUUCGACGUCAAUUAGAAUAUUCUUUUCUAACAUAUUUAUAUAUUUUAGGCAAAUUUAUUGAAUUUAUUCUUCAUUAAUAAUUUAUAGUGAGUUUUUGAAAUAACAUAUUAACUAAUUAUAUUUUGUGUAUAUACUGCAGUUACAAUUUAUGGAAGCUCUCUGUGGAAUAAGCACAACGAGAAUUCUUGCAAAAGUUGGCAGUAAUAAUCUGUGGUCUAAUUACAGUCUGAAAGGAAAAAAGUCAAAACUGCCUUUCAAAGACCUUACAAUUUGCAGGAUUUUGAUAAGUAAGUAAUUUGUCUUUCAUAAUUUCAUCAGUUAUGGACAGUGGCGGAAAUUAACUUUCAUUUUGAAAAAUGUAACAUGCGGGCCACAUGCUAUACCUGGCCAAUAAGGAGCUCCCUUAGCCGGACGACGUCAAAAAUCACGCGUAUUCUGUAGGUGCACUUUACCUAUAGAAUAGAUUUCUGGCAUUUCCUGAGUCAUACGAUAGAAACGUCGCGUUGUUUUGACGUUGUGAAAUUGUAUUUAUGGUUGGGACUAGCUCACAGUCAGACCAGAAAUGGAAAUACUGUGAUAAUGAUGCCAAUUUGAAGAUAUAGGCUCGAAAUGUGCUCUCAAAAAUUUUAGCAAAGUUUCCAUGUCCUUGCCAUAAAAUAUUAUACUAAAUUUUAGUUUCUAAUGUUCAGCAAAACUUCUAUUGUUUACAACGUCGCUGCCAGCGGACAUUGUGGUUGUAAAUCUUUGACAAACUGCGAUUUAAGUGGGUUGUAUUUAUGUCAUGGGUCAAACAUAGGCUUAUGCAGCCAUUGCUUUUUAUACAGGUAAAGUAUUUAUGUCUGCGUCUUGGUAGACAAAUAAAUUAAUCUCUACUUCAUCUUUAAUGCAGAAGAGUGCACAAGAAGGCUAAUGAUGUCGAUGUCGAGUGGAAAAUUGCAGAAUUUCUGAACAAGCCAGGAGGCACAAGAUACAAGGUAAAUAUUAAAUAAUUCACUGUAAUCCAACUGACACGCCGAGAGGGAACCUUUCUAAACAAGUUCUUUUUUUUCAGGACCGUGAAAGUCACAAAGAUUAG